GACCACACACACACACACAGUCUCUGCUCCCUCGGUUUUCCUCCAGAAACAGGAUAAUGACCCUGUUUCUAGUACUUACUUUGACCAGAGGGUCCCUGUUCCCGAGGAGGACAGUGAGAGAGGUAUUAGCCUCCGUAAGCUGUGGGCCUUCACGGGGCCGGGGUUUCUGAUGAGCAUAGCGUACCUGGACCCAGGUAACAUCGAGUCUGACCUGCAGUCAGGUGCUAAAGCUGGCUUCAAGCUCCUCUGGGUGCUGCUGGGAGCCACCAUCAUCGGUCUGCUGCUGCAGAGGCUGGCGGCCCGGCUGGGCGUGGUCACCGGGAUGCACCUGGCUGAAGUCUGCCACCGCCAGUAUCACACCGUGCCUCGUAUCAUCCUGUGGUUGAUGGUGGAGCUGGCGAUCAUUGGCUCGGACAUGCAGGAAGUCAUCGGCUGUGCCAUCGCUUUCUACCUACUCUCUUCUGGCAGGAUCCCUUUAUGGGGCGGUGUCCUCAUCACCAUCUUGGACACCUUCGUCUUCCUCUUCUUGGACAAGUAUGGUCUGAGGAAGCUGGAAGCCUUUUUUGGAUUGCUCAUCACUAUCAUGGCCAUCACAUUUGGAUAUGAGUAUGUGACGGUGAGUCCAGACCAAGGCCAGCUGCUGAUGGGGAUGUUCGUGCCGUACUGCAAAGGCUGCGGGCCCGUUCAGCUGGGUCAGGCCGUCGGCAUCGUGGGAGCCGUCAUCAUGCCGCACAACAUUUACCUCCACUCUGCUCUAGUCAAGUCUCGAGAAGUGGAUCGGUCGAACAAGAAGGAAGUGAAAGAGGCCAACAAAUAUUUCUUCAUUGAAUCGACCAUCGCGCUCUUUGUCUCUUUCCUCAUUAAUGUCUUUGUGGUGGCUGUUUUUGCCGAGGCUUUCUACAAACGCACAAACACAGAGGUGCACAGUGUCUGCAAUCAGUCAGGAAGUCCUCAUUCACAUCUGUUCCCGCUGAACAAUGAAACUCUGGAGGUGGACAUCUAUAGAGGGGGUUUCCUGAACCUGCGCUGGUCGCGUUUUGCCCGGGUCUUGUUGACCCGCUCCCUCGCCAUCACCCCUACCCUGCUGGUGGCCGUCUUCCAGGAUGUGCAGCAUCUUACAGGCAUGAACGACUUCCUCAACGUGCUGCAGAGCAUGCAGUUGCCAUUCGCCCUCAUUCCCAUCCUCACUUUCACCAGUUUGCCGUCUCUCAUGAACGAGUUUGCCAACGGACUGGUGUUUAAAAUCGGAGGAGGGCUGGUGAUCUUGAUCGUGUGUGCCAUCAACAUGUACUUCGUCGUGAUUUAUGUGACCACACUCGGAAGCGUGUGGCUGUAUGUGCUGGCAGCGUUCCUGUCCAUAGCAUACCUGACAUUUGUGGGAUACUUGGUGUGGUUGUGUCUGAUAGCUCUGGGAGUUUCCUGUCUGGAUCCGAGCUCCAGGAGAGCGAACGACACGACCAUUCUGAUCGAGCAGCAGCCAGAGUUCGACUCCUGAGUCAAACCAGUGUUGGACGUUCAUCGUGAAAGUGCAGGUUUGGGCAGAGCGACCUGACUGUUCCACCACAUUUACUCUUCUUUGGUGCUGAUUUAUUUAUAUGAGAAGUUGAAAGUUUGUAUGAACGGUGUGAUAUAAACAUACAGAGCUGUGCAGACGUUUCAGGCACUGAUGCCACAAACACUUUUUAUUUAUCAAUUAACUUCAACUGCUGUAAACUGAAAAACCCUUAAUCAAACUGAUGUAGGCUGGUUGUUCCAAGCAUCUUGGAGAACUUGCCGUGGUUCCUCUGUAGAAUUAGGAUUUAGUCUCAGUGUCUUUCGUCUCUUUUGGUUCUGUGGGGGCCAGACCAUCUGCUGCAGGACUCCUUGUUCUUCUCGUCUCUGAAUACAUUUCUAUAUGACUCUGGUUUCAUGUUUGAGCACGUUGUCCUGCAGCAGAAUGAAUUUCUGACCGAUCCAACGCCUCCUUGAUGGUGUUGUGUGAUGUACUAGAAUCUAAACAUCUGCCUAAAACUUUUGCACUGUGCUGCACUUACUUAGUAAUGAAGAAAGUGUUCUUGUUAUUGUCUAUAUCUUCAGUCACACCCUGAUUACUGAUUGUACAAAGCAAUUUAGAUGAGAAGAUGAAAACAUACAACACAUUCAGAAAACUCUCAGGGUUUCUGCAGGUUCAGCAAGUUAGAUCUUUUUAAGACCUUUUUCCAUACCACCUAAUAAUCACAAACAUGCCAAAUUAUAACAGUAUGAUGGAAAACCAGUAGAGAAGACAUGGCCUAGAAAUAUUUAUUAUUAUUAUAUAAGAUUUUUUUCACUACUUUCUAGCAAUGACAAUAAUUUCUUUUUUUCAAUUUAUUAUUUCUUUGACUUUUCUUUUUACUUUUUUUUGGUUUGGUUGAUUUUCUGUUUGAUUUUCGGCUCAUUCCUGGGAAACGAUACGUUCAUUUAAAUUUAUGCAACCCAGACUCAGACAGGUGCCCAAUUAAAAUGUUAUGGAUUCUUUUAAAAUUACUUUUUGCUAAAUCGGCACACGGCCAUUAUGAGUCGAUGAGUGACGGUUCAAGGUCUGAUGGUGCUGACUGAAAUGCCACAAUCCACAUAACCCACUGACACAACAAUCACACUUUUAGUUUAUAAGUGUAGAACGUGUCCUGACAGCCUGCAGGAGGAAAUCUGUGAUAUUUAAGACUUUUUAAAAGCUUUUAAGCCUUUUUUGAGGAAACUGAAUUCAAUGUUUUUUAAGACUUCUGAGGACCUGCAGAAACUGUUAUCUCCAGGCAGUCUCUCUUUUGGCCACGGGGGGGCAGUGCAGGCCACAGGAGAAAUUCCUCAGCUACAGUAAAUGUCUCACCACCAGAGCUGUAAAACAUAACAACACAUUAAAUGACAUGGUGUGUUACAUCAUGUUUUAUGUGUUGUUACAGCUUCAGAGACACAAAAUUAUUAUAUUAAACAAACCAAAAUAUAAAUAGCUGCAGCGAUAGGACUUGACUGUAAUAUUCCCAGUGUACAUUCAGAUGUGGCUGGUGUCUGACAUGCCUGUGGUGGUGGUAUGUCUGAAGAGUUGCAACUAUUGUGCAACCGUAAGCGAGUGCUGCUGGAUUCAGUGCUGCUCGAAUUCCAGUCCUGAAGUGCUUCAGCCUUUGCUUGCCGAGGAGAGGCGGAUGGACAGGUUUUUCUUUGCAUUGUGGCGGGGAACUUUUUUUUUUUCUCUCUCUCUCCCUGUCAUGGAGGCAGAGUUAUGUAAGAGGGGAGAGUCUUCCCACCGCCCCUCUCUGUUUUUGUUUUUCUCAAUGAGCCAAUGUCUCCCUGCCUAGGCCUCACAGCCUGUCCAGUAGGCCCCUUUCCUGGAAACAUAGCCUAGCAGAGGCCACUCAGGGGCAGGCCUGUGAGGUGGGAGGAGGGGGAGGAGGAGGAGGAGGGGGGCUCUUCCAGCAAAUCACAUGAUUGUAGACCCUACAGUCCCAGCCCUACAUGAGGCUCAGAUGCUGCAAGCACAUUUCAACAGCUAGUUUGUCAUCAGCAUGAUUGGAUGUAGCUAAUGCAUGGCAGAGUGCAUAAAGCUGUAAGUAGAAACUGGAUUCCCAGGUGUGAAAUGUAGAAAUAGAACCACAACACCUGAUGGAUGGACUGUAUGUGUGUGUGUGUGUGCAAGGCGUUCUUUUUUUUUUGGCAAUGAAUGUCAACAUCACCAGUGAUUUUGACUGUAACUUGAUGAACAGUAUUCCGUUGAAUUUUGUCAUGUUACCACAUAUUUGAUUGUUGAUUCAGUGGAAUUAACUUUCUGAAUCGUCCCCUGAGGACGACCGUGCGGCCUCAGUGUCCUCGAUAUAUUUCCAGAUGAUUUAUGAAAACAUGAUCUAAGCUGUUGUAACAAACACUGAUGUAUUUGUACUGUAUAUUUGCUGUCAUGCUACAGCUGGUGACGUGUACCUGAUUAACAGACUAAGCCCCCGAUUUGUUUUUGUGAAAAGAUAAACUUGAACCAGCGUGUUGUUUUAUUACUGUGGCACACCAGAACUGGUGGACUUAAUGAGAUGCAAUUAUAAAAAUCAUUAGAUGUGUUGUUGUGUUGUAAACAAACAAUUCCACUGAACAAACACA